CGUUCGGAACCCCCUAGGGGAGAAAGGCGGUCCUGGCGCGAGUCAGCGGAGGAGCGGAGAUGAGUAAAAGCCAGGAUGAACCUCCUCACGAACUUGAAAACCAGUUUAUAUUGCGUCUGCCUCCGGAACAGGCUUCUACUGUCAGGAAGAUAAUACAUUCUCAAAGUGCCACCAUGAAGGAUAAACUAAAAAUUGACUUGUCUUCUGAUGGACGUCAUGCAGUUGUUGAGGUAGACAAUGUCUCACUAGCUGCUAAGCUGGUUGAUUUGCCUUGUGUUAUUGGAAGCCUGAAAACUGUGGAUAAAAAAACUUUUUAUAAAACGGCGGAUAUUUCCCAGAUGCUUGUGUGCACUGCUGCUGGUGGUGUCCGCUCUUCUGAGGAACCAGUUACCUCUACUGGUCGUAAAGCAGUCAAGAAAACUGAAAAGGAGAAACCAAAAAAAUAUGCCUGGAAGCAUGGCAUUACUCCACCGCUUAAGAAUGUCAAAAAGAAGAGAUUCCGCAAAACAACAAAAAAGGUCGUUGAUGUCAAACAAACCAAAGAAGUCAGCGUUAGUAAGGAAAAGGGCAUUCCUGCAAAGCACAGGGUGUUAAAUGACGUUCCUGGUGUCCCCUCUCCUCCAACUUUGGUUCAGUAUGCUGAAUCUCCUGAAGUGGAAAAGGAAGUGAAAAGAUUGCUGUCUUCAGAUGCUGAAGCUAUCUGUGCCCGAUGGGAGGUCAUUGCUGAAGGUGAAACCCAGGAAAUAGAAUGUCAAGGCUCCAUUCCAGGCUUUGAGAUAGCUCCAGGAAUAAGUGGCUGUAAGCAGGGUCAUAUCUCACCAGAAUGUGAUGUGUUUCCGAAGACGUUCAGUAAUUCUAGCAGUAACAGUGAUGAUGAGGAUGAAGAUGAUGAUGAGAAGAAGGAUGACUAUGAUGAUGAGGAUGAAGAUGACAAAGAGGAAGAAUAUUAUUAUGAGGAGGAUCUGGAAAGGGAACUACAGGCCAAGUUCAUUGAAUCUGGCCAGUAUGAAGCAAAGGAAGGAGCCAGUUCAAUGAUCAUGGAAAUUCACAAGCAGACCUAUUACAUGGAGAAAAAGCUCCACGAGAUUCGAUGCAGGGCACAAAGACAGAAGGAGCUCAUCAUGAAACUGGAAAAUCUGACUCUCAAGAAUCACUUACAGUCUGUGCUGGAGCAGCUUAAGCUACAGGAAAAACAAAAAACUGAGCAGCUCAUUUCCCUACGGGAACAACUGAACAAUUUUCUGAAGAAGUGAAGAGAGCCCUAAGGCUGGCACACAAACCUUGGAUUCACCAUCCAGACUGAAGACUAGUUGAAAUUGUGCCUGUUUCUACUCCUUUCAUUGCCUUAUAUUGAAUCAUUCGUGUUUGUUUCUCUGAACCUUUUUUUUUUGCUAGUUAUAUUCAAAGUUUGUAGCUGUGUAGGAAAAAAAAGAUUUUAAAAAAGUAGUAGACCUAAAGACCCAACUCAACUAUGGGACGUUUCUUCUCUUAUCAACUGCAGAGUUACUUACAUUGCUUCUAUUCUGUGGUGCCAUCAGAUGAUUCAGCCAUGCUCGCCAAAGGCAGACAGACUAACCUGAAGACCAUACAGCUGGUUUGCAUAUGCUUUAGCUUUUUCUUCUGUUUAAGUAUUUCCUGAAACAUAGAACAAAUUAAGCCAUAUCUACCAAGGGCUAGGACCUGCAGCAGUGAAUUUAAUUGCCUACUUGGCAGCGUUGAUACUAGGUUGUGUCUUGUCUCUUUUCAGGCAUUUAGAGGCUCAGGGAUGAUUUCUGGCUGCUGCUAUCUUUGUUCCAUUGUUGUGUUUUUAGGGCAGUGUCUCAUUGUUAUUUGGCAGCUAUGGGAAUAGUCAGAGCAGAGAUGAAAUUCUGAGCUGUUAUCCUUAUUCUGAGCCUCUUCAUCCUAACCACCAUCAGAAAAGGUUAGGAAAAACCAGAUAUCUGUGAUGCCUGUGAAAACUUCCUGGAAAAAAACAUAGGUCAGUUUGUUUUUUUUCAGCUGUAUUAAGGUUUUCUAGUCUAUAUUCUUUGAGCAAUAAAUAAAUUCCUUAUCUUAA